UGCACACACACACACACAGACACAGCAGAGUAGCCGUGCGUCUUUAACGAGCUGCUGCUGAGUGACCCGGUGUUGUGUCCGCAUGGGAACUGAUUUCUACUUUGCACUGAUUCACACUCGAGCGUGAUUUACGGACCGCGGGUUGGAUACACUGUCCCGGAUACAGGAUGAUGAAAUUUCGGUUCAGGCGUCAGGGCAAUGACCCUCAGAGGGAGAAAGUCAAACAGGAGCUUUUUGCGUUCAAUAAGACGGUUGAACAUGGAUUCCCAAAUCAGCCGAGUGCUCUGGCCUAUGACCCCAAACUGCAGCUAAUGGCCAUCGGGACUAAAUCAGGAGCCAUCAAAGUAUAUGGGGCUCCUGGAGUGGAGUUCACUGGACUUCAUAAGGAGGCUGCUACGGUCACACAGAUGCACUUCCUGCAUGGACAGGGAAGGAUUUUAUCCCUGCUGGAUGAUAACUCUCUGCACCUCUGGGAGAUUGUGCAGAAGGCUUCCUGCUCCCACCUGGAGGAGGUGCGCUGCUUCAGCCUCCCCGGCAGGCCUGGCAUCGACAGCACCAGUGCGACGCGUGUGACUGUUCUGCUGCCAAAACUCAGCUGUGAUCUCUUGGCUGUGGGCACUGAGGGUGGUGGAAUCCACUUCCUGGAGCUGCCCACUUUCACACUGCUAAACAAAUCACUGUUCCAAGAUGAAAUCAUGCAGAGCCUUCCUGAUAGUUACAAGUGUGGGAAGUCUCUGGGACCAGUGGAGUCCCUACAGGAGCAUCCGCAGCAUCCGGACAAAAUCCUCAUCGGCUACAGUAGAGGCCUCGUUGUGCUCUGGGACUUUCAAAGCCGACAUGUAGACAACCUCUUCCUCGGAAAACAGCAGUUGGAGAGCUUGGUUUGGGUCCGAACUGGGAACAGCUUCGUCAGUUCCCACAGCGAUGGUGGCUACAUGGUGUGGCCUGUUAGUAGCAGUAGCCGCUGCACCAAUGAGCCCAUCUCUUCCACUAUACCGUAUGGCCCGUUUCCCUGCAAAGCUGUGAACAAGAUCUUGUGGAGGACCACCCAGUCGGGAGCUCCAUUGGUGCUGUUCAGCGGCAGCAUGCCUCGAGCCAGCUACGGGGACAGACACUGUUUAACGAUACUGCAGGACAGUACACACGUUACCCUAGACUUCACCUCACGAGUCAUCGACUUUUUCACCAUCCACUGCAUAGAUAGAGACGCAGAGUUUGAUGAGCCCUCAGCUCUUGUUGUGCUCCUGGAGGAAGAGCUGGUGGUGAUAGACCUUCAGACACCUGGCUGGCCCACAAUUCCUGCACCAUACCUGGCACCUCUGCAUUCCUCUGCCAUCACAUGCUCCUACCAUAUAUCUAAUGUGCCAACCAAGCUGUGGGAGAGAGUGGUGAGAGCUGGGCAGCAGCAGUGCUCUCUACAGACACGCACGACCUGGCCAAUAUGCGGGGGAAAGAACUUGGCACCUGAUUCCAAACAGAAAGAGCUGCUGCUAACUGGACAUGAAGACGGUACAGUACGCUUCUGGGACGCAUCAGGAGUGGCACUCAGACCUCUGUACAAGCUGAGCACAGCCAACAUCUUCCAAACCGACUGUGACCACAACGACAGCCUGACUCAAGCCAGCGAAGAGGAGUGGCCUCCUUUCCAAAAGGUGGGCUGCUUUGACCCUUACAGUGAUGACCCCAGGCUAGGAAUCCAAAAGAUCUGCCUGUGCAAAUACAGCGGCAAGCUGGUGGUGGCUGGUACUGCAGGACAGGUGAUCAUGAUGUACUUAUGUGACGAAAAAUCCGAUCACAUGAUCGACGUGGUCACCAUGGACCUCCUCCAGGACCGGGAAGGUUUCACAUGGAAGGGUCAUGACCGGCUGCCGGAGAAGUCUGGCUCUGUGGUGUUCGCUCCUGGAUUCCAGCCUGUAGUCCUUGUGCAGUGCAUGCCCCCUGCGGCGGUUACCGCGGUGACGCUGCAUGCUGAGUGGAACCUUGUUGCUUUUGGCACCAGUCAUGGCUUUGGUCUCUUCGACUACCAUCGCCGUAGCCCUGUGCUGGCAAGGUGUACGCUACAUCCCAACGACUCUCUGGCUAUGGAGGGUCCACUCUCACGAGUGAAGUCACUGAAGAAGUCACUCCGCCAGUCGUUCAGGAGGAUUCGUAAGAGUAGGGUGUCUGGGAAGAAGCGCGUGUUGGUCAGCAGCCCAUCCAGUAAAGUCCAGGAGGCUAACGCUCAGUUAGCGGAACAGGAUGCUGAGGUGACGCCGGUACAGAGACGGAUUGAGCCGCGGUCAGCUGAUGAUUCGUUAUCUGGGGUGGUCCGCUGCCUCUGCUUCGCUGACACAUUCCUCCGAGACGGAACGCACCACGGCCCUACCAUGUGGGCGGGGACGAAUUCAGGCAGCGUGUAUGCUUACGCUCUGGAUGUGCCCUCGCAGGAGAAGUUCUCCGAGCGGAGCGUGGAGGCUUUGCUAGGGAAAGAGAUCCAACUCAUGCACAGAGCUCCGGUGGUGUCUAUUGUCGUGCUGGACGGCAGGGGGAACCCUCUGCCCGAACCCUAUGAGGAGUCCAGAGACCUGGCCAAAGCUCCUGAUAUGCAGGGCAGCCAUUCGGUCCUGAUCGCCUCUGAGGAACAGUUUAAGGUCUUCACUCUGCCUAAAGUCAGCGCAAAGACCAAAUUCAAGCUGACUGCACACGAGGGCUGCCGUGUACGGAAGGUAGCUCUGGUGAACUUCUGCAGUGCUGCUUCUGAGGACUACUCUGAGAAUGGCCUGGUGUGCCUGACCAACCUGGGGGACAUUCACGUGUUCAGCGUGCCUGCCUUGAGGCCGCAAGUUCGAUACGACUGCAUCCGCAAGGAAGACAUAAGUGGCAUUGCGUCCUGUGUGUUCACCAAGACUGGGCAAGGUUUUUAUCUGAUCUCCCCGUCCGAGUAUAAACGGUUCUCUCUGUCUGCACGGGUCAUUACUGAACCUCAGUGUUCGGUGGACGUAGAUCGACCUUACGAGCCUUCGGAGCAUGAUUUGUGUAUGCCAGUCCUGCCCCAGGCCAACGGCACAUACAAGACCCAGUCACCGGGAUCUGCAGAACACGCUGAAGGCAUAUUUGAUGAAAUGCAAAGUGCUUUAUCGUCUCCUGGCCUGGAUUCCCCAAACAGCAGCGCUGAUAUCACGCUCGACACAACAGGAGAGCUGACUGUGGAGGAUGUGAAAGAUUUCCUUGUGAGUGUGGAUGAGGCUGAGAAUAACCUGAGAAAUAUGAGCGAGGAGGAUGGACGGCUUCCUGGGAUUCUCAUCAACUGAUGAGUGUUGACAACUGGAGGGCUGAUGGUGGAGAAGUGGUGGAAACUCCUUCGUUAUGUGCAGUCGGACCUUAAGGAGAAGAAAGACUUCAUUGUUCAAGAACGCUGCACCCUUCCCUUUUCACUCGUCCUCAAUUGAUUAUUCUCAGCUAAUCUCUCUCUCUCUCUCUCUCUCUCUCUCUCUCUCUCUCUCUCUCUCUGUGUGUGUGAUGGUGUACACCAAUGCCUUCUAGCCGAAGAGCUGCUUAAGUUCAUUAUGAAGGUUUGAUCAGACGUAUGGCGGAGCAUGCACGGAAGAAGCUGUCCGAAUACUUGCGCUGACCACAUCUUCGUUUUUUUUCCCCCUUCUUUCCUUCCUAUUGCGCACAUUCCUCUCCUCUUGUGUCAUGAUGCCACUUUGCUUGUCCUUUCACUGUGUUUGCCAGUAGGAGGCAUGGAGUGAGUAUAAAAUGGUUGUUGCUUCUCAGAAGCCUAAUCAGCACCAUCUAUAAUACUGUGAUGGUUUCUUACAGCAAAUCAGGAGGCCAUUGAAAAGUUCAGCUUAUGGACCCUGUGGGUUUGAUAGAAUCUCGUGGUGUUCCUUUUUAAUGUCUCAUGUAACCACUUGCCAUUGUAAGUAAUAUCGACAAUUAACUGUGAACUCUAGUCAUUUUGAAGGCGCAUGGUGUCUUAUCUUAGAAGUAUUCAUCAUUAAUUAGUUUGAGUUUUCUUACUCGUGUAUACUUGUAACCAUAUUAACAAAAACGAAGGAACUAAUAGGUAUGGAUUUCCAUGUAACAUUUGAUAGAAUAAUUUUAUACUGCCUAUGAAUUUUGUAUUUUUUUAGAUUUAGGAAAUUAAGGCUUUCUAACAUUUUCGGGCUGUGAUCAGUUGCUUACACGCUUGAUGAAGCGAUCUCAAAUGAAAAGUACGAAUGAGAAAAUUUGCCGUCUGGGUGAAGCAAGGGUUUCGGAGGCUUUCAGAGACGCUCAGAAUGUGUUCAUCUAUUAAAAAAUACACACUAUAUUUGCAUCACAUGGCUUAGUAUUAGCUAGAUGAUGUUGGAUUGACCCCGCCCUCAUGUUUUUUCCCUGCAGAAAUCCUGUUUUUAAACGAUCAAAGGGACCUCACUAAUGUAGCCGAUCUAUAAUUUCUCUCUGUAUAUUUUUCUUCCCUAUAAUGUUACACCUGACACCUAGCCUGUGAAUUUGUAUUUAAUUUCUCUUGUGUAGAAAUGUAAUUGUAGAUACACCCAUGCUAAUGAACAAUGUUAAUAAAGUAUUUACUCAUUUUA